UACGGAAGAAGACGGGAAACAUGGCGGCGCAAUCCAGCAAAUCUGAAAGCGCGGUGUUGACUUCGCCUUCAAAGGACGAGGACUCCAGACCAGGUGGGAUGCGUCGUCCUGAGACCAGCAGAGUGUCCGGCUCCUCAGAGGAAGUAGAGCAGGGAGAACAGGAGCAGAGCGGGACAGCGGAGGGGGAGUGCAGCGGCGGGGGCGGGGCGGCUGAUGGGGCUGGUUCUGGAGGGGGCAGCCCAGCACAGCCUGGCCCGAGACACGGAUCUGGAUCCAGUGCCCCCCGGGACCUCAGCGACUCCGACAGCAGCAGUGAGGAAGACAGCGAUGACGGCGCAGCAUGCAGGAUGAAGAGCAGAGUCGCACACAUCAGGCGCGGUUCCCAGGACGACGGCGGCAGGGCCAGACGGCGGAGUCCCUCUACAGACAGGGAGGAGAGUGGAGGAAGGUCACACUCUCGCUCGCGCUCCAGGUCCCGGUCACCCCGCAAUAGGUCGGACUGGCAACGCAGGUCCCGAGAACGAGAUAUGGAGCGCGCCGAACGCCGUUCCAGCAGAGACCGGGACCGCAACAGAGGGGAGCGCAGGUCCAGCCGGGGCCGGGAUUGGGAUCGGCGGAGAGGGCGGUCCGCCUCCCCGUUGCGGCCUGAGAGGCCCCUAACCGACGAGCCGCCCGUCAAGAAGAAGAAGGAGGAGCUGGACCCCAUCCUGACCCGCACGGGUGGAGCCUACAUCCCCCCCGCCAGGCUGCGGAUGAUGCAGGCCCAAAUCAGUGACAAGAGCAGUUUGGCAUUUCAGAGAAUGAGCUGGGAGGCCCUAAAGAAGUCUAUCAAUGGUCUCGUCAACAAGGUGAACGUCUCCAACAUCGGAAACAUCAUACAGGAGCUUCUGCAGGAGAACAUUGUGAGGGGCAGGGGCCUGCUGGCCCGGUCUCUGCUCCAGGCCCAGAGUGCCUCUCCCAUCUUCACCCACGUCUACGCUGCCCUGGUGGCCAUCAUCAACUCCAAGUUCCCUCAGAUUGGAGAACUCAUCCUGAAGAGGCUCAUCCUCAACUUCCGCAAGGGCUACCGCAGGAACGACAAGCAACAGUGCCUCACGGCCUCCAAGUUCGUGGCCCAUCUCAUCAACCAGAAUGUGGCUCAUGAAGUUCUGUGUUUGGAGAUGCUGACUUUGUUGUUGGAACGACCCACUGAUGAUAGUGUUGAGGUGGCCAUCAGCUUCUUAAAGGAGUGUGGCCUCAAGCUCACUGAGGUCUCCCCCCGUGGCAUCAAUGCCAUCUUUGAACGGCUGAGGAAUAUUCUCCAUGAAUCCGAGAUCGACAAGCGCGUGCAGUACAUGAUCGAGGUGAUGUUCGCCAUCAGGAAGGACGGCUUCAAAGAUCACCCCGUUGUCCCGGAGGGCCUAGACUUGGUGGAGGAUGAGGACCAGUUCACUCACAUGCUCCCCCUAGAGGACGAAUACAACCUGGAGGAUGUGCUGAAUGUCUUCAAGAUGGAUACUGAUUUCUUGGAGAACGAAGAGAAAUACAAAUCGAUUAGAAAGGAGAUCCUGGACGAGGGAAGCAGUGACUCUGGUGAUGAUGCAGAAGGGAGUGAUGAGGAAGAGGAGGAUGAAGAUAACGAGGAAGAUGGCGAAGCCGGAGAAGAUGAGGCCAAAGUCACAAUUUUUGACCAGACGGAGGUGAACUUGGUUUCGUUUCGACGCACCAUUUAUCUGGCCAUCCAGUCAAGCUUGGACUUCGAGGAAUGCGCUCACAAACUGAUCAAGAUGGACUUCCCGGAGAGCCAGACGAAAGAGCUGUGUAACAUGAUCUUGGACUGCUGUGCUCAGCAGAGAACUUAUGAGAAGUUUUUUGGUCUCCUUGCAGGGAGGUUCUGCUUGCUGAAGAAGGACUACAUGGAGAGCUUUGAGGCCAUCUUUCAGGAGCAGUACGACACCAUCCACAGGCUGGAGACCAACAAACUCCGCAACGUCGCCCGCCUGUUCGCCCACCUCCUCUAUACGGACUCUGUCCCCUGGAGUGUCCUGGAGUGCAUUAAAAUGAGUGAGGAGACGACGACCUCGUCCAGCCGCAUCUUUGUGAAGAUCCUCUUCCAGGAGCUGUGUGCCUACAUGGGUCUGCCCAGGCUCAACGAGCGGCUCAAGGACACGACGCUGCAGCCUUUCUUCGAGGGCCUGUUUCCCCGGGACAACCCGAGGAACACAAGAUUCGCCAUCAAUUUCUUCACCUCCAUCGGUCUCGGCGGACUGACCGAUGAACUGAGGGAGCACCUCAAGAAUGCUCCUAAGAUGAUCAUGACUCAGAAUCAGGACGUGGAGUCGUCAGACUCUUCAUCGUCCUCCUCCUCCUCCUCAGACACCUCAUCUGACAGCGAUAGCAGUCACGGCGACUCUGACUCCUCCAGUGACUCGGACGAUUCCAGUAACUCCAGUUCCUCAGACACGGGCAGGAGGCGUAAGAAGGCGUCCCGGCGGGGGAGAGCUGAGCAGGAGAAACAGUCGAGACACAGGUCUCCUUCAGAAGAGGAGGAGCGGUCCAACCAGAGACGCGAGAAUCGCCGCGGCGAUGGCAGCAGCGAGGGCUACAGAGCGCCAGACGACUGGCAGAGAGAGACGCAGAGGCACGGACAUGAAGACAGAUCACCUCCCGCACGUGAGCGUGCACGAAAGAACUCACCGGAUGGCCGAGCGCGUGCACGAAAAAACUCGCCCGAUGACCGAGAGCGCGCACGAAAGAGCUCGCCCGAUGAGCGAGCGCGCGCACGAAAGGGCUCGCCCGAUGAGCAAGCGCGCGCACGAAAGGGCUCGCCCGAUGACCGAGGGCGCGCACGAAAGGGCUCGCCCGAUGACAGCAUGCGCGCACGAAAGGGCUCGCCCGAUGGCCGAGAGCGCGCACGAAAGAGCUCGCCCGAUGACCGAGCGCGCGCACGAAAGGGCUCGCCCGAUGACCGAGCGCGCGCACGAAAGGGCUCCCCCGAAGACCGAGCGCGCGCACGAAAGGGCUCCCCCGAAGACCGAGCGCGCGCACGAAAGGGCUCCCCCGAAGACCGAGCGCGCGCACGAAAGGGCUCCCCCGAAGACCGAGCGCGCGCACGAAAGGGCUCCCCCGAAGACCGAGCGCGCGCACGAAAGGGCUCCCCCGAAGACCGAGCGCGCGCACGAAAGGGCUCGCCCGAUGACAGAGCGCGCGCACGAAAGGGCUCGCCCGAUGACAGCAUGCGCGCACGAAAGGGCUCGCCCGAUGACAGCAUGCGCGCACGAAAGGGCUCGCCCGAUGGCCGAGAGCGCACACGAAAGGGCUCGCCCGAUGGCCGAGAGCGCGCACGAAAGGGCUCGCCCGAUGGCCGAGAGCGCGCACGAAAGGGCUCGCCCGAUGCCCGAGAGCGCGCACGAAAGAGCUCGCCCGAUGGCCGAGAGCGCGCACGAAAGAGCUCGCCCGAUGGCCCCAAUGGCCGAGAGCGUGCACGAAAGAGCUCGCCCGAUGGCCGAGAGCGCGCACAAAAAGACACUCUCGAUGACCGAGAACGCGCACGAAAGGACUCGACGGAUGAGCGAGAGCGCAGAGGACACAAGGACCAGCAGCACCACAGGCGUGAGGACGAGGACUCGCGCAGACACAAGGACAGCAGCAAACACAACUCCCAGGCAGACAGGGACGAGAGGCACGGCAGAGAGAAUGCACCCUCGCGUAGGAGCAGGGAGAGGUCAAAGUCACGUGAGAGGAGCUGCAAGGAGACAGGCUCCCGGGACUCAUACAGGAACGGGGUGGGGAGGGAGGACAAGGAGAACAGAUACAGGGGGUCCAGGAGCGGAGAGAGCUCGCCCAGGAGACGCUGAUAGAGGAGCGAUGGAGGGGAGUCAUUGCAUUAACGGUGGCAGCGUGCACGCCUUUCUGAACAUCACUGUGGCUCAUGGUCAAGAUUUUUUUUUCCUCCUGUGUUGCUGUAUAAAAAAGGGCCUUUGUGAAAUGUUUUAGA